AUGACGUCGGGCUCGCAAUACCAGCACUUUGUGCCGCAAUUUUUUCUCUUACGAAACUUUGCGCACAACUUUGAGCCUCCCGUCGACCCAGGCACAGACGUUGGAGAUGGGAAAGGCAAAAGGAAGAAGAAGAGCAAGAAGCAUGUCGCCAGCUGCGACAAGGGCAACCUGAAGAGAUACCCGGGUGACAAAGUGGUCAACAACGUGAACAUGCAGCUUACGCCCUAUGCAAUCGACGAGAGCCCUGUCAAUCGCAUCCUAGGUCUGCCAGAUAUGUACCGUGAUAAUUUGAAGACGAUCAAGGCGGAGCAGAACGAGGUGGAGAAGAAGUUUGCACAUAUCGAAGGAGAGGCCCAGAGAGUUUUCCGUCGCAUCACCAAGGCAUACGACGAUGGCGCCAAAGUAGUCAGCCUCAUGCGCCCAGAGCGGGAUCUGUUGAGAAAGUUUCUGUUUCUGCUCAAGUUUCGCGGCCCCACGUUUUACACCCGCUUUUCGCACGAGGAUAUUGAAAGCUACUGCGCCGAUGACAAGGAAGAGUUCCAAAAGUACAUGCGCAAGAACAAUUUUACGCGGCCGUUCGAGAUCUGGCUACGAAGCCUGAAGCUGAUCAUGGAGCUUGACAUGGACCCGGAGCGAGAUUGGAAGGCCGAGCUCAUGCAGAAGAUGUACAGGCUCGACGCAGUGUGGUUUAUUAUGCACGUCGACGGCAUGUACAUCUACAACAUCUUUGAAGGUCCAAACAGCUUCGCUCAGGACAUUCAUACGAAAGAAAUAACUCCGACCGCAUACGUCAACUUGCACGAGUUUGGUCCCAUUUCUAGCAAGCUGAUUCUCGUUCUGCGAAGCUCUCUGCUCCCGGUGCCGGAAGAGGACAGCGAUCCUGUUUUGCGCCGCCAACGGGAAAGGAAUCACUAUGCAGCUGUGGAAGACGUCUUCGGCGAGGGUACCAAGUCAGUUCUGGAGGACCUGCCCAUUGCAAAGCCCCAAAACAGCUACUCUGAACUCAUCGGCGGCAGAUUCAUAUUCAAUAGCGACUUCACCGGCAAGCUCUCAAAGAAAGACAAAUUCUACUUUCGCAUUUUUAGCCUAGGGACAGACCACGUAAACAAGAUCAACAAGGUCCUGCUAGAGAACACAUACACCUGUUCACGCAUCGUCUUCGGCACGGAAAAGGCUUUCUUGUGCACAUUGGAGUGGUACUUGACGCAGCCAAAAUACGUCAUGGGCACUGCUGCCCUGGGCCAGCAUCUGCAAAGGCUGGAAGAACUCAUGAAGACUAUGGGUUGCACGAAAAAAGCCGCCUGGACGCCGAUACAGCCUACACCCUUUCUUGACUUUGGAAAGCAGAGAGAGACUCGCAGAAUGUUUCAUGAAUACAUGGAAUCGCAUUUGGAUGGCGACGUGGAGAAUUCCUUCUUCUCAACGUACAAAGACUUCAGAGACGGUGACAUUGCGUUUGACAGCUUUGACACUGACGUACACCAGUCGGGCUUGAUGAUGAAGCUACGCAUCAAGCUAGACUCGUGGAGCCUCGUGGCAGGAGUUGACGAAGCCAUUCGCUUGCGAAAUCGUAUCAUACUUUUUGAGGCAUACCUGCGAACACCGCCAUCGCGAUUCUGGUUGUACAUGAAGCGCACCCGGCUCCAAUUGUCGGACCCCAAGCACGCCUUUAAGAGGGGAAAUCCUAUGGUUGAGAUGUUGGGAAAUCCCCGUUUCCGAGACGGCCCCGAAAACAUUUUUGCGGCAGUCAAGACGUAUGUGCGACCGGACCGGCUCAACUUCCUAAUUUACGCAACCGUCACUACAGAAGCAAGUCUCGAAAGAUCGAAUGUGAAUCUAUGGCAGCCUGCCGGAGACUUUUUAAGCGCUGCUAUGCAACACAGGUUUCUGCUGAAGUAUGCCCUAGAGACACCAGGUCUCUCUGAGGUCGAGAAGCUGGCUGUGACCAUGGAGAAGCUGGUAGUCGACAAGCAGAUGCACAGGCAGGGCGUUUUCAGCCAUCAGGACUUUGAUGAUGACGAUAAGGUCGAGAUCAUGACGCGGAUAUUGGUGCGGUCUCGGUUUAAGAAUGUCAUGGUAGAAAUGGACGCCGAUCUGGUACAACGGCUCCAGGACGUCUUUUUCACGUACACCUAUCCGACACCGCCAACUACGAGCCAGUACGGGGUCUGA